ACACCCUCAAUCAGCAAUAUUCGCUUGAACUACUGAGAAACUAUUCGGUAGCGGUACAGCGAGCUAUCACAAGACGCCCACGACAGCCUGGGGCUAAAUUCUUCUUCGACCUGCAGAGAGCCGAAAUGAAGAAAACACUCACUUUUAUAUCAGGGCACUGGUCCGCCAAGGACAAUGACAGUGAGCACAUCUCGUCAAGCCGCAGUCAGUCUGCGUACUCGAAACGUCGGGAACAAGUUCGCAAAGCUCAACGCUCACGCGUAUACAGCAGUCAUCGAGAACGCAAAGCUCAUUACCACAGCACACUCGAAAGCGAAGUCUUGCGUCUGCGGACUAAUGAAGCCAGCUUCUUGAAGAAAAUAAGCGAUCUGGAGGCUCAGUUAUAUAGCCUCCAAGAGGUCAUAAAAAUCAAUGGUAUUGAACUUCCCACAGUCGAGAAGUAUGGUCGACAUGCUACGGAAUUAGAUACCAACGCUGCGCUCAUGCUUCCAAUUGUGGGUGACCCAAAUGUCGAAAACACCGUGCAUGACAUUCCUGCGCCGCGCCAGAGAUCAAAAAAUGCCAAUUCUACGACGGAUAUCACGCAGACAUUGUCUUCACCUAGCCCGAAACUUGGUCAACCUGCGGAGGCCGGAUCAGCUAUGGAUAAAACAUUACUUGCCCACGGUAUGGAAUUUGUCCUAACACUCGAAAAGCCUUGCCUUGGUCACAUUAAUGUAGAUCUCAAUAAUUCGAGCGAGCCUUCUGGCCAUGUCCUAACCGCCUCCAUGCCAUUGUUAAGUACCCAUCAUUAUCCCCAUUCUUUUAACGAUGGAUCCCCAUCACUGGAGGCAUCAAGGACGAUCUUUGAGCGUCUAACCACUUUGUCCUCCGAACUCGUGCAUGAUGAAGAAUUCAGCCCUAUACAACUAUGGAAUUAUAUCAUGGAUCAACCACUGGCAUACAAACUCGAUAUAACCCAACUUCGUGUACUAGCUGAAAGUCUAGUCCAUCAUGUCCGUUGUUAUGGGUUCGGUGCAGUCUUGGAGAAGGAAGUCUGUGUCAAAAUGGUUGCUCGGAUAUUGACUUCUAAUUGAAUUUGUUCUUGCUUUUAUAGAUCUGGCUUUAGGAUGUCC